AUGGAGCCACCUCCAGGACUUGAAGUUCAUAAAGAAGGUCAAGUCUGCAGACUUACUAAAUCCCUGUAUGGCCUAAAGCAAGCUAGUAGGCAAUGGUUUGAGAAGCUAUCCACCUUCCUCGCUUCUAUUAGCUACACACAAUCAAAGAGUGAUCAUUCUCUCUUCACCAAAGAGACACCCACUGGACUUACAGCUCUCCUAGUUUAUGUUGACGAUAUUAUACUAGCAGGGAAUUCUAUGACGGAAAUCAAUCGUAUUAAAAGUCUUUUGCACAACAGGUUUCAGGUAAAAGACCUAGGAAAACUAAAAUAUUUCCUAGGACUGGAAGUAGCAAGGUCAAAGAAAGGAAUUCAUCUCUCUCAGAGGAAAUAUGCUUUAGACAUCCUUGAAGAAACAGGGAUGCUGGGCUGCAAACCUAGUUUGACCCCCUUUUUAAGUGAUAUGAACUCUUUAUACAAAGCUGACAACUAUUUGAAAGAUCCAACCUCCUAUCGCAAACUAAUAGGGAAGUUGCUUUAUCUCACAAACACUACACCUGAUUUGUUUGAUUCUCCCGUGCAUGUAAAGGCCUUUAGCGAUUCAGAUUGGGCUACUUGUCCCAAUACUAGGAGAUCUACUACGGGUUUUUGCAUCUUCAUUGGAUCAUCACUUAUGUCAUGGAAAUCAAAGAAGCAAAACACUGCUUCAAGAUCUUCUACAGAGGCAGAAUACAGAGCACUCGUAGCUACUACCUGCGAGAUACAAUGGAUCCAGUACCUUCUUGACGAUCUAAAGGUUCAGGAAGCUGGAACUCCAGCUCUAUAUUGUGAUAACAAGUCUGCGAGACAUAUAGCUGAUAACCAGAGCUUUCAUGAAUGGACAAAGGAUAUAGAGCUUGACUGUCACGUUGUUCGGGAAAAAAUACAAGCUAAUCUUCUUCAUCUUCUUCCCAUUCGUUCAGAUGAGCAGCUCGCGGACAUUUUUACCAAGUUUCCUCACCGUGUUAGGUUCCGAUCUAUUGUUAGCAAGCUUGGACUGGUGACCAUCGACCACACAGCUUGA